AUGGCGUUCUCCCCAGCUACCUCAAUCUCAAAUUGCCGGCUUCUGGGCAAAAACAGUUCAAAUUUAAGCAUCCCUUUUCAAUCCCAAUCUUGUAUUUCAUCAAUCUCCUUCCCAAAAUCUACAUCACUUAGUUUUCUCAGCCGUAGAAAGAAUUUCUUGUCUAUCAAAGCAUCUGCCUCUGUUCAAGCACCACCAACAUCUGGGGGGCUUGCACCUGCAAUUUCCUUGUCGGACAAUGCUCUGAAGCACUUGAAUAGGAUGAGAUCUGAGAGAAAUGAAGACUUGUGUCUAAGAAUUGGGGUAAAGCAGGGUGGAUGCUCAGGGAUGUCUUACACUAUGGAAUUUGAGAAAAGAGAAAAUGCUAGACCUGAUGAUUCUAUCAUAGAAUACAAUGGUUUCAUUAUAGUUUGUGAUCCCAAAAGCCUUUUAUUCAUCUUCGGAAUGCAACUGGACUACAGUGAUGCCCUCAUAGGUGGUGGCUUCUCUUUCAAAAACCCAAAUGCUACCCAAACCUGCGGUUGUGGUAAAUCAUUUGCUGCCUAA